UAGAUCAUCAAAAAAAUGGAAGAUGGAAAGCCCGUUUGGGCUCCACAUCCCACAGAUGGAUUUCAGAUGGGCAAUAUUGUGGAUAUUGGUCCAGACAGCUUAACAAUUGAACCUUUAAACCAAAAAGGGAAGACAUUUUUGGCUCUUAUAAACCAAGUGUUUCCUGCAGAAGAGGAUAGUAAAAAAGAUGUGGAAGAUAACUGUUCACUGAUGUACUUAAAUGAAGCCACACUCCUCCAUAAUAUCAAAGUACGAUAUAGUAAAGACAGGAUUUAUACAUAUGUGGCUAACAUCCUGAUUGCAGUGAACCCAUACUUUGACAUACCUAAAAUAUAUUCUUCAGAAACAAUUAAGCAGUAUCAAGGAAAAUCUCUUGGAGUAUUGCCACCUCAUGUCUUUGCAGUUGCUGACAAAGCUUUUCGAGACAUGAAGGUACUCAAAAUGAGUCAAUCGAUCAUUGUCUCUGGAGAAUCAGGUGCUGGCAAAACCGAAAAUACUAAAUUUGUUCUUAGGUAUCUCACGGAAUCCUAUGGUACAGGCCAAGAUAUUGAUGAUAGAAUUGUGGAAGCCAAUCCAUUGCUCGAAGCUUUUGGGAAUGCAAAGACUGUUCGUAAUAAUAAUAGCAGCCGUUUUGGAAAAUUUGUUGAAAUACAUUUUAAUGAAAAGAAUGCAGUUGUUGGUGGAUUUGUUUCACACUACCUUCUAGAGAAAUCUAGGAUUUGUGUUCAAGGCAAAGAAGAAAGGAAUUACCAUAUAUUUUACAGACUGUGUGCUGGUGCUUCUGAAGAUAUUAGGGAAAAGCUUCAUUUAAGCUCCCCAGACAAUUUUCGGUACUUAAAUCGAGGCUGCACUAGGUUCUUCGCUAAUAAGGAAACAGACAAACAGAUUUUACAGAACCGCAAAAGUCCUGAGUACCUUAAAGCAGGUUCCUUGAAAGAUCCUCUUUUAGAUGAUCAUGGUGAUUUCAACAGGAUGUGCACAGCCAUGAAAAAGAUUGGUUUGGGUGAUGAAGAAAAACUCGAUCUUUUCAGGGUUGUAGCUGGUGUCCUGCAUCUUGGAAAUAUUGAUUUUGAGGAAACUGGCAGCACCUCAGGUGGUUGUAACCUGAAGAACAAAUCUACUCAGUCUUUGGAGUGUUGUGCUGAGUUGCUGGGUUUGGAUCAAGAUGAUCUUCGAGUGAGUUUAACCACAAGAGUCAUGCUUACAACAGCAGGGGGCACCAAAGGAACAGUUAUAAAGGUACCUUUGAAGGUGGAGCAAGCCAACAAUGCACGUGAUGCUUUGGCAAAAACUGUCUAUAGUCAUCUUUUUGAUCAUGUGGUGAACAGAGUAAAUCAGUGUUUUCCUUUUGAAACAUCAUCAUUUUUUAUUGGAGUGUUAGAUAUUGCUGGUUUUGAGUACUUUGAACACAACAGUUUUGAACAGUUUUGCAUCAACUAUUGCAAUGAAAAGCUACAACAGUUUUUUAAUGAAAGAAUUUUGAAAGAGGAACAGGAACUCUAUCAAAAAGAAGGCUUAGGAGUCAAUGAAGUACACUAUGUGGAUAAUCAGGACUGUAUUGACUUAAUUGAAGCAAAGUUAGUGGGAGUACUGGAUAUUUUGGAUGAAGAAAAUCGCCUUCCUCAGCCAAGUGAUCAACACUUUACAUCUGCAGUUCAUCAGAAGCACAAGGACCAUUUUCGCCUUACUAUUCCCAGGAAAUCCAAACUGACUAUUCACAGGAACAUCAGAGAUGACGAAGGUUUUAUCAUCAGGCAUUUUGCAGGAGCUGUGUGCUAUGAAACAACUCAAUUUGUUGAGAAAAACAAUGAUGCUUUGCAUAUGUCUCUUGAGUCCUUAAUAUGUGAAUCCAGGGAUAAAUUUAUUCGGGAAUUAUUUGAGUCAUCCACAAACAACAACAAAGACACUAAGCAAAAAGCAGGAAAGCUUAGCUUCAUCAGUGUGGGAAACAAAUUCAAGACACAAUUAAAUUUGCUCCUGGAAAAAUUGCGUAGCACUGGAUCUAGUUUUAUUCGUUGCAUCAAGCCUAAUUUAAAGAUGACAAGUCACCAUUUUGAAGGUGCUCAAAUUUUGUCCCAACUUCAAUGUUCAGGAAUGGUGUCUGUUUUGGACCUGAUGCAGGGCGGUUUUCCAUCUCGAGCUUCAUUUCAUGAGCUCUAUAACAUGUACAAGAAAUAUAUGCCAGAUAAACUUGCUCGAUUGGAUCCAAGACUCUUUUGCAAGGCUCUUUUUAAAGCUUUGGGCCUAAAUGAACAUGACUACAAAUUUGGAUUAACAAAAGUGUUUUUUAGACCUGGAAAGUUUGCAGAAUUUGAUCAGAUAAUGAAAUCAGACCCUGAUCAUUUGGCUGAACUUGUUAAAAGAGUGAAUUAUUGGCUUGUCUGCAGUCGCUGGAAAAAAGUUCAGUGGUGUUCACUUUCAGUCAUCAAAUUGAAAAACAAAAUAAAAUAUCGUGCAAAUGCAUGUAUUAAAAUACAGAAGACUAUUCGAAUGUGGCUGUGCAAAAGAAGACACAAACCUCGCAUUGAUGGUCUUAUCAAAGUGCGCACGCUGAAAAAAAGACUUGACAAAUUUAAUGAAGUAGUGAAUGCUUUGAAAGAUGGAAAACCAGAGGUGAUCAAGCAGAUCAAGGAUCUUGAUGUUUCUAUUGAUGCUUUGAUAGCUAAAAUUAAGUCCACCCUGAUGACAAGGGAACAGAUACAGAAAGAAUAUGAUGCACUAGUUAAAAGCUCGGAACAACUCCUUAGUGCAUUACAGAAAAAGAAACAACAACAAGAAGAAGCAGAAAGACUAAGGAAAAUUCAGGAAGAAAUGGAAAAAGAAAGAAGAAGACUUGAAGAAGAUGAGAAACGCCGAAAAAAGGAUGAAGAAGAAAGGCGGAUGAAAUUAGAAAUGGAAGCAAAGAGAAAACAAGAAGAAGAGGAGAGAAAGAAGAGAGAAGAUGAUGAAAAACGUAUACAGGCUGAAGUGGAGGCACAAUUAGCCAGACAGCGUGAAGAAGAAACCCAACAACAGGCUGUACUUGAACAAGAACGUCGUGACCGUGAACUUGCUAUGAGGAUUGUUCAGAAUGAAGCAGAGCUCAUCAGUGAAGAAGCACAACUUGAUUUAGGAUUACGCAGAGAACAAAUGGCCAAAGAAAUGUCAGAACUUUUGGCUAGAGGUCCUGCAGUCCAGGCUACUAAAGCAGCUGCUGGAUCAAAGAAAUAUGAUCUUAGUAAAUGGAAAUAUGCAGAACUCCGUGAUACAAUCAAUACUUCUUGUGAUAUUGAACUAUUGGCAGCUUGUCGAGAAGAGUUUCAUAGAAGACUAAAGGUCUAUCAUGCUUGGAAAUCCAAGAACAAGAAGCGCAAUACAGAAACAGAACAACGUGCACCAAAAUCAGUUACUGAUUAUGAUUUUGCACCAUUUUUGAACAAUUCACCUCAGCAGAACCCAACAGCUCAGCUUCCUGCUAGACAGCAGGAGAUUGAAAUGAAUCGGCAGCAACGCUAUUUCCGUAUUCCAUUCAUUCGCCCUGCAGACCAAUACAAAGAUCCUCAGAAUAAGAAGAAAGGCUGGUGGUAUGCACAUUUUGAUGGCCCUUGGAUUGCCAGACAAAUGGAACUUCAUCCUGACAAACCACCUAUCCUUCUUGUUGCUGGUAAGGAUGACAUGGAGAUGUGUGAGCUAAAUCUUGAAGAGACUGGUCUAACUCGGAAACGUGGUGCUGAGAUUUUGCCCAGGCAGUUUGAAGAGAUUUGGGAACGCUGUGGUGGCAUCCAGUAUCUUCAAAAUGCAAUUGAAAGCAAACAGGCUCGGCCAACAUAUGCAACAGCCAUGCUGCAGAAUCUGUUAAAAUAAAUUCUGCCCACUAAGUAUAGAGCUGGAAACUCUGGCAGAAAUACAAAGGAAGGAUUCCUUUGUUUCCCAGAGGAUUUAAACAUUCCAUAAUCAUGCUAUAGAAACUUAAUAUAAAGUGAACGGAUUUUAUUAAUUAUGAGGGUUUAUUAAUUUUUACUUGCUGAGGGUUAGUUUCAAUAGAGAACUCUAAUUUUGAACUGGAACACUUUUUGUCCAGUAUUUUUCCAUCUUUGCCUCAUUAGUCUAGUGCAUCCUCCUUCAAAAGCCUCUCAAAAUUCUAACACUCAACAUAAGCCUAUAACAUGAGGCUAUGUUAUAUCUUAUAAUUGGAAUUGGAAGCCCUUAGCUUUAGUUUCUCACACAAUAAAGGUUAGAGAUUUUUGAAUAUGAUCAGGAUCUUGAUGUCUUAGUAGGCUUAGUAGGUGUCUGAAUCUAACUUUUCCAGGAACUCAUGAAAAUUGCCCCUAAAGUUAGAAACAUUAUUCCUUCCCUAUCUUUUAUUGAACUUUAGCUUGAGUGAAACAAUUCUUUAUGAAUUUUGGGGAAAAUCUUAAGUGUAUUUGAUAUAUUGUAUAAUAAAGGAGACGGUAAAUUUGAUAUCCUAAACAAUUUCCUCUUUUUUUGAAAUCUGAAAUGUGUGUUUCUUGAAGAACAUUAAUUUUAUUUUCCUUAGACAGAAAUAUAUACUUAGUUAAUAUAAAUAUUGAAUAGAAAAAUUGCAGAUAAUUCACUUAGAAAAAAGAAAAACAUAAGGGAAAAGUAUAUUAUGGCACACUGGAAUGUUUUAGGCUAAAUUCAUAUAUCUUUUCUGCUUUGUCUCUGCUGUGAUUCAAAUGAUAAUAUUACUAUUGUGUUAAGAUCUUAAAUCACAAUGUAAUUUUUGACUACUGUUUUUCAGUGAUUUUAAUUUUUUUAGGUCCAAUACUUUGCCUUUUGAAAAAUUUUUUGUACCUGUAGCAUUGUUUUAUAGGCUGCAUAAUUUAAGAAUUAUUUUGCUCAGUAAUUGCUAAUUUCUUUUAUCUAAAAUAAUUUCAAAAAUAUUUUUUCAUUGUUUUAAUUCUGAUAAAAUUAUCAGCAAUGUAAAAUUUGAUGUUUAUGAUAUUCAUACUAGAAAUUUGAAGGAAAAAGACAUAAUCUGGAUUGUGUUGGCAUUCUUUUAUCCUUUUCGUCCUGAGUCGAAAGUCUCAAUUUGGUUGUAGUGAAGAUUGCAAAUUAAAAAACAAAAUAUCUCCUUGAAUAUUUUUCUUUAAUCCUAUUGAAACUUUAGCUUUCAAAAUGAACUUUAGAAAGAAAACUAUAGUUAGGAAAAUAUUUCCCAACUGAUUAUAUAGUGUUUGUGUUACCAGAAUCACUAUUUUCAGAAUUACUCUUGUAAUAUGUGUGAAAAUGGUUUAGUACAAAAAUAUUUAUUUGUGAUUAUACUAUGCAAGUGAUUGACUUCUUUUACAGUAAGGAAAUGAACUCUAUUGAACUCAUAAUUAAACAUGUUAGUAUAGGUUUCUUUGAAGUCUAUUUUAUUUUAUAGAUUCACCUCAAUAUUGAGUUAUUUGGUUCCUUAAGUGUAUAAGUGGGGUAAGAACUGAAUGACCUUCAUCUUUUCCCAUCCCGCUCAAAUGGGCAUUUGAUAUCUUAUAAGAACAGCUUUUUUUCCUCCCAUGGUAGUCUUCUUUAUAUGUCAUACAGAAAGUGGUUAAAAAGGACAUAACUAAGAGCUUGCAAGAAACACUGCAAUAAGAUAUCUUUACCAUUCUUUUCCUCUUUCUUAGUUCUUGUAUCACUUAACAAAAAUUUAGUAACGCCUUAAUUCUAAUUUUAUUUUUACAGUUGUCCCAAAACUUAUCUGCCUAGAAUGGUCUCCUGAGUUAAUGUUGAUUACCAAGAGAGUUAACCUAAUUCAAAUUGAUUUUCAGUAACCUACAUAACAGAGUAGGCUGGCAUGAAUGGAAGACUGCUAGUGAGAGUAUUGUUCUUGGUUGUACUAUCAUUCUAAUGGGAUGCCUGUAGAAGCGAUGAAUCAGGAUUCCAAAGAACAUUUGAUGCAACUGUUUCUGUCUAUUCACAGAUAAACUACUCCCCUUAUAGAGAAGGAUGACAUGGAAUAAAGGAAAAUAAUUUCAUACAUUGACCACUAAGACUUACAAUAAUUUUAUUCUGAAUAAUCUGUACUGUAACAAACAAACAUUUUUUCUGCACUGAAUCCUUAUUGCUUGCUUAUUGUGAGGCUUGACUGCACAUUUCUUGGAUACAUAUGAAAUUGGGUAUCUUGAAAAAAAUGAGGACAAAAAUAUGUUCCAAUUAAUGCUUCAGCUUAAUGCAUUAAUACUUCUAAUUCAUUAGAGAAAUUAAUAUGUGUCCAAGAUGCACUGAAAGGAGGUUACCCUUUAGAACAGGGAUAGGUGAUGUUUAGUUCAUGGGUUGUCUAAGACUUGCAAAGUAAUUUGCAACCACAGGCAAUGAUGAGCUGAAAGCUAGGUACAGCAACCUCCCACUAUUUAAAUUCUAUAAGUUAAUAAUUUUGUAUGGCUUACAAAUAUUCAAGUGGGCCUUGGCAGAAAAAAAAUGUUUCCUGCCUCUGCUUUAGAAUAUAUUUUACUUUUGAGAUUUUUUUUUUUUUUACCUAUAUGCCAUUCUUUCAAAGAAUAAUGAGAAACCUUGUUUAUUGUAUUUCACAGGGCUACAAAAUGAACAUUUAAAGUGGAAAAUAGGUGGUGUCUUUUUAGAAAUUCAUCUUGUAGUUUGGAAAGUUAUAGGUAGAAUUGUCAUGAGGAUUUCACAUACAUAUGUAUAUGAAUACCUUAUAUUGCAAUUCAUAGGGGUUAUUUGCUUUCCUGUUUCCUUCCAACAUAGUGUAAAAAAACUCCUGGCUCUGGCAUCUGAGGACCUUGCUUAAAAUCCUGCUUCUGACAAUACUUAUGUGACUUUGGGCAAGUCAUUUAAUUUCAUGAAUGUCAUUUUCCUCAACUGCAAACUGAGAGAGUUGGAUUAGAUGGUUACAAAAGCUGUUUCCAUCCCUAUAGAUCUACAGUACUAUGAACCACUUCUUGUCCUCCCAAAAGAAGCUGAGCAGUAGUUCUCAAUGUUCUUUUGUUAGCUUUUGUUACUUUGCCACUCUUUUAUUUAAUUUCACCAUAUGGCCACUUACCUUUAAAAAGAAAAAAAAAGGAAGAAUUUCUGUACUGUUAAACGGUAACAUUAUCACAUUUAUUUAGUUCCUAUCUUCUAGGUAUGGGGAAUGUGAUAUUGAGAGUACCAUUUUCCCUUACUAUUCCCUGGAGAUUUGCUAAUAAAGAGAAUAAUAGAAAAAAGAUAUGAAACAAAAAAGAACCAAUACAAGAAAGGAGGUAUAAGUGACCAAGAAAAUGGCAGAAGUAACGGUAAGAAAAGAAGAUUAUGCUGGUUUGGUUCUUCACUUUAAAAACCAUGCUGAAGAGAUAAGCUUUUAAGGUCUCUUCAAUUAAGAAUAAAGGUAACUUUUUUUUUUUUUUAGAAGAGUGGUGGAGGAGAAUUAUCAGUAAUUUUUGCAAAUUAGAGCAGGAAGAAAUUGAUAAUUGCAUUAUUACCUUGUGGAAAAGAUGUACUUUUGAGGACCCAGACAGAUCUUUGUCCAAACAAUGGACAAAUUCCAGUAAUAGUACUUGACACAGUAAAUCAAUGGGGAAAAGAUAUAGAAGAACUUCCAUUCUUUGGAGCUAAAUAGAUACUUGCUUGAAUUGGGGUCAAACUUUUAAUUAGUUUCUAUUAAAUUAGCUGUUUUCUCCCUUUUUACCAUUAGAAUGCACUAAAAAUAUAGAUACCUUAAUUUAUUUCUCAAUUGAUAAAAUUAGGAUCAUUUUAAAGGGAAUUUAUAUAUAAAACAAGUAGCUGUAUGACAAGUACAUUGGUUAUCUGUAGACUUAUUUAGAAGCUUAUCUUCAAAAUACAGCAAUUUGUGAAUUUGCAUUUUGUUUUCCAUUGCUAAAUUUUCUCCUUUUUAAUUAUAGGAAUAAUAUAAUUUUAUUCUUAUGUCUUCAAAGUAUGUAUCAAAACAGAUGCUUCCUAAAAUUAUUUUACUUAUGUACUGAAAAAUGCAAAUAAUAAAUGCAUCCCAUGUUGAACUUUG